GUGUACUUUAGUAGUAGCUCCCCUGAGUAUAUUUUGCUCUGUGAGUAGUAGAGUGACAGUCAGUGUAGUUUGGACUUUAUUUAGUAGUAGAGUGACAGUCUGGAAGGGCGCACGCGCGAAACAUGGCCCAAGAUAACCUCAGUGCAGUUUUGUACAAAACAAAAGAUUUGCGAUUGGAGCAAACACCAAUCCCAGAAAUAGCAGACGAUGAGGUACUCCUACGCAUGGACUGUGUGGGCAUAUGCGGCUCGGACGUGCACUACUGGCAGAGCGGCGCUUGCGGACCCUUCGUGGUCAAGGAGCCCAUGAUCAUGGGCCACGAGGCCUCGGGCGUCGUCGCCAAGUUGGGCGCCAAGGUGAAGAGCCUCAAGGUGGGUGACCGCGUGGCGAUCGAGCCGGGCGUGCCGUGCCGCUGCUGCGAGUUCUGCAAGACGGGCCGCUACCACCUGUGCCCCGACAUUAUGUUCUGCGCCACGCCGCCCGCGCACGGCAACCUCGCCCGAUACUACAAACACGCUGCCGACUUCUGCUACAAAUUACCAGACCAUGUGUCAAUGGAGGAGGGAGCUUUAUUAGAGCCUCUGACGGUGGGCAUACACGCAUGUCGACGCGGCGGGGUGGCUGCCGGCGACGUGGUGUUGGUGCUGGGCGCUGGCCCCAUUGGUCUGGUCACAAUGUUGGCCGCCAAGGCCAUGGGCGCCAGCAAGAUUCUUAUCACGGAUAUUCUCCAGGCUCGCCUGGAUGUCGCCAAGGAGCUGGGUGCGGACUACACGCUGCUGGUGACGCGGGACUCUCAGGAAGCUGAGCUGGUCCGCAAGGUGCAUGAGAUCCUCGGAGGUCACCCGGACAUUUCCAUUGACGCUAGCGGCGCACAGUCCACUGUCCGGUUGUCUUUAUUGGCAACCAAGUCGGGAGGAGUGGCGGUGCUGGUCGGCAUGGGCAGCCCUGAGAUGACGGUGCCGCUGGCGGGCACCGUGACGCGCGAGGUGGACAUCCGCGGCAUCUUCCGAUACGCUAACGAGUACCCAAUAGCUCUGUCGCUGGUAGCGAGCAACAAGAUCAAUCUAAAGCCGCUAGUCACGCACCACUUCAGCCUGGAGGAGUCGCUAGAGGCCUACGAGGUGGCGCGCCGCGGACUCGGCAUUAAGGUCAUGAUACACGUGCAGGACCGCGACCGGAACAACCCCGUCAAGUUUACUAACUGUUGAUACUGGAGCAUUAAGGCCUGAACACACAAAGUUUGACCGUAGCUCGCUUGUGUGCCGUAUUGUGUGUGUAUACUGUUCCUAGUAGCAAAUAGUUAGCUAUCUCAAAAUUUGUUGUGUGGUCUCUGUUUGUUGCUUAUAAUUUUUUUACUCUUUACUGAGUUGCUGUCAUCACAAAUAUUUAUUUAUUUAUUUAUAUCCGAUUCUACGGGCCGCAGUAUACUGUGCCAAGCCAACUUUGUGUAUAGCAGCCCUUGGGCUUUGUGAAUCAUGUUUUAUUUACGAGUUUCGCAUUUUUAUAUUGUUUUAUACCAACGCACGAAUGCCAUAGAAUUUAAUGUUUUAUUAACGGGGACAGUUUUGGGAAAUCUUAAACCAAAGGUGAUACGGGAUACUAAUAAUUUUAUGAAACUUAACAAACUAUUUUGCACAUUGUAUAAAAAAUUAUAUUAAAU